AGAGUCGCUGCGGCCGGGCCCAGCCCCAGCCACAGCCCCAGCCAAGCCCAGCGCGGCCCGAUGGAUGCGGCGGCGGGUGGCGGCGGCGGCGGCAGAGGAGGAGAAGGAGGAGGGCGCUGCCUGACUCCCUCGGCCCGGGAGCUGCUCCGCACGCUGGGCAGCUGCAGCAAACACUCCUCGCAUCUCCGGCAGAACCUGCGGGAGACCAAGAAAUACUUCAAGGAGCUGCGGCAGCCGCACUGCUUCAGCCCGGGGCCGCCGUGUGCCGAGCCGGCUGUACAGGACAGCGAGCCCGCCGAGGAAGCCGCCGACAUCGGCAUCAGCUUGCUGGAAGGUCCUUUACGCUGCAUUUCAUUCCCAUGUCAUGAAGAGGACUACCUCCAAGCAACAGUGGGCUGCUAUCCCUGCAUAAUGAUCCUAGGACAGAAUUGCUGGGCCAAGUGUCACGUACUGAACAGUCUUUUGGGCGAAAGGCUCUUACCCGUUGUCAAGGGCAGCAAUGAUAGUAAGUGUAAAAGGCGACGGCUGAAAUUCACCCACGGUAAAAGGACAAGUGUCAGUUUGGCUUUGCCUGGACAUUAUGUAUUGGUCCACCAUCUUGCGGCACACCAGGGAAAAUGGGACACCAUUCCGGAGGAGGACCUAGAAAUCCAAGAUAGUGAAGAUCCUGCACAUCGUGCGGCACAUCUGGAAGUAACGUUACACCAUCCGUUAUUGCAGGAAAUGGAUAUCCUAGUUCUUCCAUGCCAUGAAACCCAGGCGGAAGGUGGCACAUUAGAAGACUGUUUGAGACGCUCCAUGCCAAUAAUUGUCUAUGCCAUCAGUGAGGACCGUUUGACAGACUGUGAAGAAGCUGAGCUGGAGGACCUGAAGAGGAAACACGCCCUACCCAUUUUUUUCAUCAAAGUGCCGAAACAAUUGACCAGUCACAACCCAGAGCCGCACUCCGGACCAGACAAGGAGCACCAGGUGAAAGGUUCGAAGACUGAAAAAGAGAAGAGCCCCCUUUACCGUCAGCUGGCGAAGCUGGAAUACCUAAGCCCGACGGGGGGUGGAAUAUCCCACGCCAACAAAGCCCCAAGCACAUUGGUGGAACACUUUGACAAACUAAAGCAGCUGGGCAUCUUUGCCAAGCAGGUGGUGCAGAUGCACCUCAUUGAUGCAGCGACUGUGCUGAAUGGCGUGCACUGUCGCUGCUUGGACAUCUUCAUCGACCAGGCCUUCGAUAUGCAGCGGAACCUGCAGAUUACUCCCAAGAGGCUGGAAUACACCCGGGACAAGGAGAAUGAGUUGUACCAGUCCCUGAUGAGCAUCGCAAACAGGAAGCAGGAGGAAAUGAGAGACAUGAUUGUCGAGACUCUGAGCGGCAUGAAGGAGGAACUUUUAGAGGAGGCAGCAAAUGUACAAUUCAAAGAUAUAAUCAUCUCUGAGAAUGGUGAGACUGUCGGCAAUAAGGACAUUAAGUGCUGCAUCAAACAGAUUCAGGAGUUGAUUGUUUCCCGCUUAAACCAGGCGGUUGCCAAUAAACUCAUCAGCUCGGUCGACUACCUUCGGGAGAGUUUUGUGGGGACCCUGGAGCGCUGCUUGAAGAGCCUGGAGAAAUCCAACCAGGACCCAGCCGUGAACAGUGUCGCCAGCAAUCACCUGAAGCAGAUUUUAAACGCUGCAUAUCAUGUAGAGGUGACAUUCCACUCUGGAUCAACCGUAUCCCGGCUACUUUGGGAACAGAUCAAACAGAUUAUACACAGGAUGCCUUGGGUCCAUCCUCCAGCUAUUACCAUCGAGUGGAAAAGAAAAAUUGCCCAGGAUGCCAUCGAGAGCCUUUGUGCGUCUAAACUUGCGAAGAGCAUUUGUAGUCAAUUCCGCACCCGUCUCAAUAGUUCACACGAAGCGUUUGCUGCCUCUUUACGACAGCUUGAAAUGGGGCUGUCGGGAAAACUUGAAAGGACAGAAGAUCUCUGGCUAAAGGUACGGAAAGACCAUGCCCCACGACUAGCGCGUCUUUCAUUGGAAAGCCGUUCACUCCGGGACUUGCUGCUGCAUGGUAAACCUAAACUGGGACGCGAGCUGGGCCGUGGCCAGUAUGGAGUGGUUUAUAUCUGUGACAACUGGGCUGGUCACUCUCCCUGUGCUCUCAAAUCUGUUGUGCCUCCAGAUGACAAGCAUUGGAACGACCUUGCACUAGAAUUCCACUACACAAGAUCUUUACCCAAGCACGAGCGACUAGUUGACCUUCACGGGUCUGUUAUAGACUACAGUUAUGGAGGUGGCUCCAGCAUUGCGGUCCUGUUAAUCAUGGAGAGAUUGCACAGAGAUCUAUAUGCUGGGCUGAAGUCUGGCCUGAAGCUUGAAGUACGUUUACAGAUUGCUCUUGACGUUGUGGAAGGUAUACGUUUUCUCCAUCGACAAGGACUUGUUCAUCGAGACGUCAAAUUGAAAAAUGUUUUGUUGGAUAAGCAAAAUCGAGCCAAAAUCACAGACCUGGGAUUCUGCAAGCCCGAGGCAAUGAUGUCUGGGAGCAUCGUGGGAACCCCUAUACACAUGGCACCCGAGCUGUUCUCAGGGAAGUACGAUAAUUCCGUGGACGUGUAUGCGUUUGGAAUCCUUUUCUGGUAUCUCUGCACGGGUACAAUUAAACUGCCGGAAGCUUUUGAGAAAUGUUCAAGCAAAGAUCAGCUGUGGACCAAUGUAAAGAAAGGUGCAAGACCGGAACGGCUCCCUGCAUUUGACGAGGAAUGCUGGCAACUAAUGGAAGCUUGUUGGAGUGGUGACCCCACUCAGAGACCCUUACUUGGAAUUGUUCAACCCAUCCUUCAAAGCAUCACGGACAGACUCUGUAAAAGCAGUUCUGGGCAGCAGCGCAGAGACGGCUCGACAUGAAGUGCUCCAGGCACUGUGGAUCUGCAGCAAAUGUCUAACGUUGGUGGGGUUUGGGGUGAUGGGAUGGGUCGAGAAUAACCCAAUUCUUUGACACCAGUAUCAGUAUUAACACUAGUCCAGCAUAACUGUUUACUAUCUGCUAUGCAGUAAAACUUGAUAUUUGUAUUCUUUUGACUUGGUGAUGAAAUAAUAGAACUGUUUGAGACUUGAUGCAUAGAUUUCUUUGCUCUCUCCCUCCCCCCCGCAGUGUGUUUGAGCAAAUCUUGUUUAGGGUUAUGGGUUGUCACGGAGUGCCUUAAGUAGAAGAUGCAGAGGAACAUAGCUCAUCUCUUUCCUCUUUCACUCUAAACCAUUCAAACUACUGCAUGUAUUCGAGUGAUUGGGAACUGCAGCUGUUGUAUGCGGAGAGAGAAGAGGAAAAGCAACUUUAAACGUUCAGCUCUUUUUUUAUUUGUGUUUCAUUCUAAUCUUUUUUUGUUUGUAUUCUGGCACUUAUUUUUGUUCCACAAAUAGUGUCAUUUUGCACUAAUUUUAUAUGUUAGUUUCUAUGUUUGACACAUUGGGGAAUUCAGAGCUGCACCGUUUGUUUUGUCUGCAUUUUGAUGUGUGGGGAAUGGCAAUGGUGCUCUUGAGCUUAACAAUGUGUCAAUGGCAGUAUCUGGAAGGUGGUCUUUUUAAAAAAGACCAUCUGCUUUUCUACCCUUAAGCUUGCUUGGAAUUUUUACUUGUGGAUCAGGAUCCUGUUGAAGACUUUCAUGAACACUAUCACUUUGCACAUUAUCACUGUUUAGUUCAAGCUAAAAAAAAUAAAUGUGUUGAUCAAAAGAAGAAAAUGCACAGAAUUGAAGUAUAAAACGGGAUCCGAUUGUGCCUUCAAGCCUCUGUCCAUUCAGUGCUCUUAGUUACUAAUAUUCUCUACGUUUGCCUUGUUGUGAAUUCUUCGGCAUUGGAUCUGAACACAGUCGUCUCAAGAUGGAGGUGGAAAACGAGGUUACUCUGGCCCUGCUCUUCCUUCAAAAGGGCCUCUGAGAAAUUUGACCAUGGGACCCCUCCUGAUUUGAGUGCCCUACGAAUUGCCUAGUAUUAAACACUACAUUUUCUGCUGUUGCACAUUGCACCAUUUUAGCUAUUAGAAGAACUAAGUUGAUGAUCACCUGUUUUGUUUACUUGCUUCUGUAACCUGUCUGUCCGCUUGUCAGUUUGUAGCUGCUGAGAAAAUGGUACGGUGGUCGGCCAUAAACAAACUGGAGAUCAACAUUUUUCCAAGUGUCUGGUCAUUGAGCUUUUGGGAUAAGAUCAUCUCUUACACUCCAUUCUAUUCUGGCAAAGUGCAAAUUGAGUGAUUGAAUCUUUCAUUUUUGUACAACUGCUGAAUUUUAUUUUCUCUUCACAGUAUGAUAUCUAGCCAAUGCAAGUCUAUACAAACUGCUCAAUUUUGGCCCUUCACUGUGUAAUUUCAUACCACAGUAGACUUUCAAUUUUGUCACACUAGCAAGAUGUAUAAUGUGAUUAGCAUGUUAAUUUAAAAAAUAAAAUUGGGACGGGCGAGUAAGUCUUGAUGGAAUGAUGAAAACAGUUGUUAGAUGGACUCUGAUGAAUUCUGAUAAUGAGCAGCAUGUGUUCUCAAACCCAUUAUAGCACUUCACCAUUUGAAUGUUCUAUUCUGUGCCAUUCUGAACUGAGGACAGUAUUGAUCACUCCACUUUUCACAAAUCUGAUGAUGGAGAUAACACUAAUUGUUUCUUAUAUGUAUGAACUACAUGCUAAUAGCCGGAAUGAUUUUGCAGUUUGGUAUUUCGACAAGUAUAGAUUAAUCAGUCCAGGUAAAAUGGAGGUCCUGAAUUGUUUUGCUGUCCAGUCUAACUCUGCCUUGGACAGUUGUUAGCAUGGCUGAGAGAAAGAUGAGAUGAAGGUAGGGUUGUUGGACAAAUAAACAACAAAUAUUUUGGAAGUGGACAACUCUGGCAUUGGACUCGUAACUAUUUUAAUGCAAGGGAGAAACUGGCUGUAAACGUCUCAAACCUGAUCUAUGAAUGCUGCAUCUUUAUUCCCUCAAGUCUGUAGCAUGUAAUCAAUGUAGGAUCAAUAGUUGUGCUGAAUAUUGAGUUAGUGCUACAGUGACUUGAGUGGCCAUACAUGCGUUGAGGGCUUGACUGUGUUGCAAGGACUAUACCAUCUUGAAUACAUGUUGAAGCUAUCUUUUUUUAAUCUCUUGGUUUUGUCCACUAGUAUUGUGUUUGAAACGGGAUUGCUUCAGUUACUGACCAAAGUGUCUUGUAAAUCAUGUGCUGUAAAAACUGAUCUAGAUGAGAUGAAGUAUCGGAUGGCUAGUAUGUACCUCCCUUUUACACUGGCAUUUCAAACUUUGGUGUCCCAUUUCCAAUUCUGCUAAAUGUUGGUUACUUGAGAGGGAUGGAACUUGGGCGCCACCACAUCAUAAAAUCACUACGCAGCAAAAUAUAGUUGGUGUGUCUCACUGUUGCUCUGGGUCAGUGGGUAAAAGGGCAUUGUAUGCACACCCAGUUCUGAUAUCAUUUCAAUGAGAUUGAGCUUCUGUGCUUGUUCAGUAACGCCAACUAUGAAAAAGAGCUCUACCUUUUACUUAUCUGCAGAAACUACUUUAAACCCUUCAGACAAUUAAUGGAAGGGCUCAACAGUGUUUGUAAGGUGAGCAAUUUGUCCACACGGUUCCCUUUUU